AUGGUUGCUAGCAGACAGGUGCUACAGGAAGAGACAUCCAUCCCAGGAAGUGACCUCCACCUGCUGUACCUCAGCUCACGGGCGGCCGGGUACAAGCCUGUCCUGAAAGUCACCAUGACCCAGUCCAGCAUCCCCUUCAACCUCAUGAAGGUGCACCUGAUGGUGGCGGUAGUGGGCCGGUUGUUCCAGAAGUGGUUCCCAGCUCAGCCCAACCUCUCCUACACCUUCAUUUGGGACAAGACUGACGCCUAUAACCAGAAAGUCUAUGGACUCUCAGAGGCAGUCGUUUCGGUGGGUUUCGAGUACGAGUCGUGUCUGGACCUGAUCCUGUGGGAGAAGAGGACGGCCGUGCUUCAGGGCUACGAGCUGGACGCCUCCAACAUGGGGGGAUGGACCCUGGACAAACACCACAUCCUGGACAUCCAGAACGGUAUCCUAUACAAGGGCAACGGGGAGAACGUGUUCCUGUCCCAGCAGCCCCCAGUCAUCAGCAGCAUCAUGGGGAACGGGCGUCGCCGCAGUAUCUCCUGCCCCAGCUGUAACGGGCAGGCGGAGGGCAACAAGCUGCUGGCCCCCACUGGCCUGGCCUGCGGGGCGGACGGAAGCCUCUUCGUGGGAGACUUCAACUACAUACGACGCAUCUAUCCCUCCGGGAACGUGACCAGCGUAAUGGAGCUUAGAAACAAAGAUUUCAGACAUAGCAACAACCCAGCCCACCGCUACUACCUAGCGACGGACCCGGUAACAGGCCAGCUGUACGUGUCGGACACAAACUCCCGGCGGAUCUACCGGCCUAAGGUUCUGACGGGCACCAAGGAGCUGAUCCAGAACGGAGAGGUGGUGGCCGGGACCGGGGAGCAGUGCCCCCCGUUUGACGAGGCUCGCUGUGGGGACGGGGGCAAGGCGACCGAGGCCCUGCUGCUGGGGCCCAAGGGUAUUGUGGUGGAUAAAAAUGGCUUCAUCUACUUUGUGGACGGCACCAUGAUCAGGAAGGUGGACAGGAACGGCAUCAUCUCUACCCUGCUGGGCUCCAACGACCUCACGUCUGCCCGGCCCCUCACCUGUGACACCAGCAUGCACAUCCGACAGGUGCGUCUGGAGUGGCCAACAGACCUGGCCAUCAAUCCCAUGGAUAACUCCAUCUACGUCCUGGACAACAACGUAGUGCUGCAGAUCACUGAGAACAGACAGGUGCGCAUCGUGGCGGGCCGUCCCAUGCACUGUCAGGUGCCGGGGAUCGAGUACACCCUGGGGAAGCGGGCAGGCCAGACCAUGCUGGAGGGCGCCACAGCCAUCGCACUGUCCUACAGCGGGAUGCUCUACAUCGCCGAGACGGACGACAAGAAGAUCCACCGCAUUCGACAGGUGUCCACAGACGGGGAGAUCACCCACCUGGCCGGCGCCCUCUCCGAAUGCGACUGCAAGAACGACGCCAACUGCGACUGCUACCAGACGGGCGACGGCUACGCCAAAGACGCCCGCCUCAACUCCCCGUCCUCGCUGGUGGUCUCUCCGGACGGGACCCUCUACGUGGCCGACCUGGGAAACAUCCGCAUCCGGGCCGUGCGGAAGAACCGGCCCCCGCCCGCCUCGCUGUCCCCCAGCUCUGGGCCCGGGUGGCUGGAGGUGGCCUCCCCCGCCUCCCAGGAGCUGUAUGUGUUCGAUGCCAACGGCACGCACCAGUACACCCUGUCCCUCGUCACCGGGGACUACAAGUACAACUUCAGCUACAGCAACGAGGAGGACGUUACCGCGGUAACGGACAGCAGCGGCAACACCCUGAGGAUUCGCCGCGACCCCAACCGCAUGCCUGUGAGGGUAGUCGCCCCUGACAACCAGGUGAUCUGGCUGACCAUCGGGACCAACGGGGGUCUGAAGACCAUGACAACACAGGGGCAGGAGCUGGUGCUGUUUACCUACCAUGGCAACAGCGGACUGCUCGCCACUAAGAGUAUCCAGAUAGGAUGGACCACCUUCUAUGAUUAUGACAGCGAAGGUCGUCUGACUAACGUGACCUUCCCCACGGGGGUGGUGACCAAUCUCCAUGGCGACAUGGCGGGUGCCAUCACGGUUGACAUAGAAACGUCGGGGCGAGACGAGGACGUCAGCAUCACCACCAACCUCUCCUCCAUCGACUCCUUCUACACACUCGUCCAGGACCAGCUGCGUAACAGCUACCAGGUGGGCUACGACAGCUCGCUGAGGGUCAUCUACGCCAACGGCAUGGACACCCACUACCAGACGGAGCCUCACAUCCUGGCGGGCGCCGCCAACCCGACCGUGGCGCGGCGCAACAUGACGCUGCCGGGAGAGAACGGGCAGAACCUGGUGGAGUGGCGCUUCAGGAAGGAACAGACGCGCGGGAAGGUCAUCGUGUUCGGACGCAAGCUACGGGUGAACGGGCGAAACCUGUUAUCUGUGGACUAUGACCGGUCGCUCCGCACGGAGAAGAUCUACGAUGAUCACAGGAAGUUCCUGCUGAAGAUCGUCUACGACACGCAAGGUCACCCCACCCUCUGGGUCCCCAGCAGCAAACUGCUGUCAGUCAACCUCACAUACUCCAGUUCGGGGCAGGUGACAGGGCUCCAGAGAGGCCCCACCACAGAGAAAGUGGAGUAUGACAGCCAGGGACGCAUCCUCUCUCGAGUGUUUGCUGAUGGAAAAACCUGGAGCUACACUUACUUGGAUAAGUCCAUGGUGCUGCUCCUCCACAGUCAGAGACAGUACAUCUUUGACUACGACCUGCAGGACCGGCUCUCUGCUGUCACCAUGCCCAGCGUGGCACGCCACACCAUGCACACCAUCCGCUCUGUGGGGUACUACCGGAACAUCUACCACCCGCCUGAGAGCAACGCCUCCGUCACCGUCGACUACAGCGAGGACGGCCAGCUUCUCCGCGUGGCUCACCUCGGCACCGGACGCAGGAUCCUCUACAAAUACCGGCGUCAGAACAAGCUGGCUGAGAUCCUGUACGACUCGACCCGCGUCAGCUUCACGUACGACGAGACGGCGGGAGUCCUGAAGACGGUCAACCUGCAGAGCGAAGGCUUCAUCUGCUCCAUCCGCUACCGGCAGAUCGGCCCGCUGGUGGACCGGCAGAUCUUCCGCUUCAGCGAGGACGGCAUGGUCAACGCUCGCUUCGACUACACUUACGACAACAGCUUCCGUGUGACCAGCAUGCAGGCGGUCAUCAACGAGACGCCCCUCCCCAUCGACCUCUACCAGUUCGAUGACAUCUCCGGGAAGGUGGAGCAGUUUGGAAAGUUUGGCGUGAUCUACUAUGACAUCAACCAGAUCAUCUCAACUGCAGUCAUGACCUACACCAAGCACUUUGACGUCCACGGCAGGAUCAAAGAGAUUCAGUAUGAGAUCUUCAGAUCCCUGAUGUACUGGAUCACCAUCCAGUACGACAACAUGGGCCGGGUCACCAAGAGGGAGAUCAAGAUCGGCCCGUUCGCCAACACCACUAAGUACGGCUACGAGUACGACGUGGACGGCCAGCUGCAGACCGUGUCGCUCAACGAGAAGAUGAUGUGGAGGUACAACUACGACCUGAACGGUAACCUGCACCUGCUGAACCCUGGGAACUCUGCCAGGCUCACGCCGCUCCGCUACGACCUGCGUGACCGCAUCACGCGCCUCGGGGACGUCCAGUACCGGCUGGACGAGGACGGCUUUCUACGGCAGAGAGGGGCGGAGAUCUUUGAGUACAACUCGAAAGGCCUACUGGAGCGUGUCUACAGCAAGGGCAACAGCUGGACCAUCCAGUAUCGCUACGACGGGCUGGGCCGCCGGGUGGCCUCCAGGACCAGCCUGGGACAGCACCUGCAGUUCUUCUAUGCAGACCUCAACUACCCCACCCGCAUCACGCACGUGUACAACCACUCCUCCUCGGAGAUCACCUCGCUCUACUACGACCUGCAGGGGCACCUGUUCGCCAUGGAGAUCAGCAGUGGGGAGGAGUUCUACAUCGCCUGCGACAACACUGGGACUCCUCUGGCUGUGUUCAGCAGCAACGGACUGCUGCUCAAGCAGGUCCAAUACACGGCCUACGGCGAGGUCUACUUCGACUCCAACCCCGACUUUGUCCUGGUCAUCGGUUUCCACGGCGGCCUGUACGACCCCUUGACGCGCCUGCUCCACUUCGGUGACCGUGACUACGACAUCCCUGCAGGGCGCUGGACCACUCCGGACAUCAGCACUUGGACCCGCGUAGGUCGCGACCCCCAGCCAUUCAACCUGUACAUGUUCAGGAACAACAACCCGGUCAGCAAGGUGCACCAGGUUAAGGAGUACGUCACAGACAUCAACAUCUGGCUGGUGACGUUUGGGUUCCACCUUCACAAUGCUAUCCCAGGGUUCCCCAUCCCCAAGUUCGACCUGACGCAGCCCUCGCUGGAAAUGAAGAAGAGCCAGCUGUGGGACGACUUGCCCUCCAUCUCCGGGGUACAACAGGAAGUGACACGCCAGGCAAAGGCCUUCCUGUCGUUCGAACGCAUGCCUGAGAUCCAGCUGAGCCGGCGCAGGGCGGAACGCGACAAACCCUGGCUGUGGUUCGCUACCGUGCGCUCACUCAUCGGCAAGGGCGUGAUGCUGGCAGUCACCCAGGGCCGGGUCAUCACCAACGCCCUGAACAUCGCCAACGAGGACUGCAUCAAGGUGGCAGCAGUGCUCAACAAUGCCUUUUAUCUAGAGGACCUACAUUUCACGGUGGAAGGACGCGACACACACUACUUUAUCAAGACCAGCCUUCCAGAAACCGACCUCAGCGCGCUGCGGCUUACCUCCGGCAAGAAGUCCCUGGAGAAUGGCGUGAAUGUCACCGUGUCCCAGUCCACAACGGUGGUCAACGGACGCACGCGGCGCUUCGCCGACGUGGAGCUGCAGUUCGGCUCGCUGGCGCUGCACGUGCGCUACGGCAUGACCCUGGAUGAGGAGAAGGCCCGUGUUCUGGAGCAGGCCCGGCAGAGGGCGCUGGGGAGCUCCUGGGCCCGUGAGCAGCAACGCGUGAGGGAGGGAGAGGAAGGGGUGAGGCUGUGGACGGAGGGGGAGAAGAGGCAGCUGCUGAGCGGAGGGAAAGUGCUGGGGUACGACGGCUACUACGUCCUGUCCAUAGAACAGUACCCCGAGCUGGCCGACAGCGCCAACAACAUCCAGUUCCUUAGGCAGAGCGAGAUUGGCAGGAGGUAACCACACUGGCUACUGGGACUACAACCGUUUUAGACAUACAAUAAUGGCCGCCAAAGAGACUGCCCUCCCUUAUAGUUCCUCCCUUUUUCCUUCCUCUUCUACCCUUGACUCCCUGCCUGGCUACCCCUUCUUUUUACUCUGGAACGGGCAAGUCCUAGGCUAGUGCUGCGUUUAGCCCUAUCUAGCUGUCACAAAGUGAAAUGUAGAAAUAUGCUAAACUUACUGUCCGUCCAAGAAGACUGAGUCGACCAACUCUAGUUAAAGAACCUCUCUGAUGUUUGUUUCCUUGCUCGAUACAGCGUUGAAUGGAACUGAGAACUCUCUGAGAGAGUCUAAACUCUCUGCUUUGUGAAAGGAAUUAAAAUAAACAAUGUUUGUUUUGUUUUUUUGAUAUAUAUUACUUCCUGAAUUUGCUUCAGAAAAUGUUUGAAAAAAGGAAGAAAAAAUGUUUUGUUUACAUAUUGUACGUUACACCACUUCACCUGCCUGGACUGUGGAGACUAAUGUCUAUAAUCUGAUUGGUCCUCCUGAAUCUCUGACCUAUGACUUUGCUUAUAGUCAAAGGGACAAUGCUAGUUUUGCUUGCAGUAGAACACGUGUGUUUUCACGGCAAACGGGAGCAGACAGUCAGGGAGGAGGCGUGGCCUGAGUGUUAGAAUCCCUUACUUCUUUAUUGUAAAGGGACUGUACCUUUGACAGCAGAAGAUCUUAAAGGGACAGUACCACCGGUGACUUUGACAGUAGAAGAUCUUAAAGGGACAGUACCACCGGUGACUUUGACAGUAGAAGAUCUUAAAGGGAGAGUACCACCGGUGACUUUGACAGUAGAAGAUCUUAAAGGGAGAGUACCACCGGUGACUUUGACAGCAUAAGAUCUUAAAGGGACGCUGCCAAACAGUGACUUUAACAAUUUAGAUUAACGUUACAAUCAGUGACCGUGUGAAUGGCUGAAGGAGGGGGGAACUGGUGUCAACGCGUGUGUGUAUGUGUGUGUGUUUGUGUGUACAUGAAGACUUUGGAAACUGCUCAUUUAAAGGAGAAAUCAAACUAAUGGAAAGAAAUCAUAAUCCAAGCGAUGUUUUGAAGACAAUGUGGAGACUUAAGAGUAUGUUUAAGGAUAUUUUUUUUAAGAUAAAAAAAAUCCACUUAUCCUUACAUCAAUAUUAGUCUCAGAGAAAGUAAUUUAUGUACAGUGUUUAUACAUUAAAAAUAAAAUCUUGAAAAAAUAUGAAGAUCUUUUUCCUGGUCAUGCAUCACUGUUUAUACUCUUUAUAAGUUUUAAAUAAUCUAUCCUGUUUAAAUGUAUAGAAAUACUUAUUGAAAUUACAGAAACAAAUCUUUACCAACGAUUUCGGCAUUUAAAUGAUUCCUGUAGUUUAAAUUGUAAUUUUUCUCAUUUGGAUAGAUUAUAUUUCGACCAACUCUAAAAACAAUUUUUGGGGUUUGUUUUUUGUUUUGACACUUCUGUAUUGAAUUAGUCAAGUGUCUGUUUUAAGUGAUUGAUGUCAGACAUGCAAAACCAUGAUGUAUUAGAUUAUGUGGUGGAGGUGGUUUUAUCCUUGUAUAAGACCCUUGGACCAUGGUGGUGUCCUCUUGGUCCAGUGGUAGAUGCUUGGUCUUUAUGACAGAGAACCUGGGGUUAAAAUCCCCAUGUUUUCUAAUGCUAGCCUACUGUCGACUGAGUUGUAUUGCUGUGUUCUGGUUGUGCUUUGUACCACCGGUCAAGUCCUUGUGAUCAAGCCCUUGAUAUCAAAGUGCUCAUCACCUCUACAGCUAAGGGUGCUUAUUAGAACACCUACAUUUUCCAACCAUAUAUAUUAUAGAAAGCUAGAGGAAUAUUCUAGAACUUUGGUAACAUGCUGUAUUCUUAGCCCGGAAUUCCACGCCAACUAUAAAGCUUCUCUUCAUUACAAAACCUUCUCUCUCUCUUUCUACAUACCUCCCCUCCUUCUGUCAGUAUAUAUAUAUAUAUCUCACUUUUAUUCUCUAUCAGCACAGAAGCAGAGACAUGCUGGAUAACUGAGGCCAGACCUGACCAAUCAAACCUAACCAGAUAACCAGUCACAGAGGAAUCCUUUACCAACAAGGUGCUGACAUCACUGGUACCACUAAAGUACAUCUAAACUACUUUAUUGUUGGCUACAGCCACAAGCAUUCCAGCCACCCCCUUCCCACCCCCUCUAACCUGGCCUGCAACUGAAGAUGCUCACACAAAAACACAACCAACUACAAUGUGAUCACACAGGUCAGCAGCGAGGGUUGGACAAAGGGUAGGAAUGGGGAGAGAAGAGAAAAGAGAGGGUGAGAUGGGGGGGGGGAAGGAAGAGAGAGAGGGUCCCAGCGGGUGUUGGAGGUCGAUGUUAAAGGGAAUGUUCGAUGACUCUAAAUGCUCAGUAAAGAUGAGGAUGAAGUAACAGAGAUGAGCUCUGAAUGUUCUCAGUUCCUGUUCUGGCCUGAGGCACUGAAACACACACACAUACAGAGUGCUGGAGAAGAAACACAAAUAGUCUGUUAUCCUCUCUCGUUAACAUCCUGCAUAAAAAAGAACUAUUUAGAAGUUCAAAAAAGGUUAUUUUCCAUGUGACCUGAACCUACCCAAGAGGUGGGUUAUCUUUAAACAAUGCAUUUACAGCAACAUCAAUGUGACGCAUCAUAGCUUAAUCUCCUUUAUGUUGUUUCAGGCUUAAUAGUUCAUACCCUCCUUUAUGUAAAAACUCUUUAUAAACUGAUUGUAUUCGUUCUGAGAAAUGUUGACAGAUAUCUGAAAAAGCUUUUUUUCUUUUGUAAUGAUUUCAUUUUCUGUCUUAAGCUUUUUUUUACUGGUUUUAAUUGAACAGUCAACGAAAGACAUCAGUAAAUGGUGUUUGGUCUAUUUUCUAUAUUAACUAAACAUUCUUUGUUCAGUUUGAUAUUUUUAUCAAUACUUUUUUUUUUUUUACUUUUAAGGAAGGUAAACUAGUAUUCUUCAACUUUUUUCUGUCUUUGGAAACCCAACUAGGUUGUCUCAAAAUGUAAAUGUGUUCAAUUUAUGAGUCUGUCUGCUAUGUAAUGAUGGCACAGAAAGCGCCUAUAAUUUAUUCUAAUAGUUUUCUCUGUUAUCUUUUCUAUCUUCAUCUUCUGCAGGUCACAUCCCCAUAAUGUUGUUUUUAUAUCAACAUGGCUGUUUCUAGAAUGCUAAUAAAAAGUGCAAUUUCCAGUGUUUGAAUCUCCGGCAGAUGGUAAUGGGAUCGGAUCCCUCAACAUGUUAAUGACCCACAGAGAUCAAUUAAAACAAUAAAGACAUGAU